GAACUGUUGCUUGGGAGCGCAGAAAAGGAAGACGCCAUUUUGAAACAGUGAAAAACCAAGCUACCCGGUUCCGUGUAAAAGAGUUGCAUGAUCGCUGUUUGUGGUGUGUCUUGACGUGCUAUUUGAGUGAAUUUUGCGCCCCUGUUUAUUGCCAACCGCAUUUUAUUAUAUUGUGCAACGAAAUAGCAACCCCCGAGAACGGAAGUGAAGUAUCCGUUGCCAAGUGUGAACAGCUUACAUAAAUAAUGAUGGAUAUGUCCGGUCCACCGAGAGGUGGCUAUCGUGGCCGUGGAGGACCGCCCCGAGGUGGAUACAGUGACCGGGGAAGCUCACCAUUUCCAUUCAGAGGUCGCGGCCGUGGAGGCGGACCACCGAUGGGUCCCCGUAUGGGUAUGGGAGGCGGUGGCCCCCCUAUGAUGCGUGGACGAGGGGGAAUGAUGCGAGGCGGCGGUCCCCCAAGGGGUAUGGGUGGUCCGCCACGAGGCGGUGGUCCACCGAUGUCGCGCGGUGGUCCAUACGGCGGUGGUGGUGGCGGCCGCCCAAUGGGUGGUCGUUCCAAUUAUGGAGGCCCUCCGUCCUCGGUAUCGAACGGAUCGGGACCGCCCGCCGCUAUUGCUGCGGCAGAAAAUGGCGACGGUGGUAAGGUGGCGGAAACAAACGGUGCAACUAAAGCCGUCUCGACCACCUCGAGCGGUGGAUCGGGUGCUGGCCAAAGUGGUGGAAGUUCCGGCGGUUCGGGCACCGGUGCUGCCCAGGGCGGUGCAUCCGGUGGCUCCGAGACAGAGCACAUGUCACCUAAGCAAUCGAUAAAAACGGCCGAUUCGAGCAGUUUGGCGGCCGGAUCGCAAGAAUCGUCGAUACAAUCCACACACUCGUCCGCACCGUACCAUUCGUCUCCGCGCGGAAUGUCCCGUGGACGGGGCGGAUUUAUGUCACGCGGCAUGAGUCGCGGCCGGGGUGGUGGCGGAGGUGGAUACGGCGGCGGUGGCGGUGAUUACGGUGGGCCAAGGCCGUACCGCGGCGGAAUGGGCGGAGGCCGAGGACGAGGCGGUGGUGGCGGGUAUGGUGGUGGUGGCGGCGGUGGCGGCUACGGCGGAGGUGGUAUGUCCGGUGGUGGCGGUUACGGCGGAGGUGGUGGUGGAGGUAUGGGUGGUGGUGGCGGUGGUGGUGGAUAUGGCAACGCGCCACCCUCCUCUUACAACCCGAUGGGUGGCUACGGACAAAACAAUGGUGGUCCGGGAGGUGGUGGGUACGGUCAGGGUCCACCGCCACCACGCCAGUUUGACUCACGCCAGCCAGCGAACCCGUCCGCCGUACCGCCGAUCAACAAGCGCGGUGGUAUCCCUGGAGUGGGAGGCCCCCCGGGACCGAAGCGUGGACGUUACGACGCUGGCCCGCCAACACGCGCACUGCCACCGAAGGCUAUGCCACCGCAUCACGGUGCGGCGGCUCCGGUUCCGUCGUACAGUGCUCCACCCCAGCCUAUGGCCAACCACGGUGGCUAUAGCGAUCCGAACGCGCAUGCUCCACAAAUGGAACAUCAGUACACGCACACACCUGCGGCCAACACUGGCGGAUAUGGAAACACGGCCGCACCGCAAGCCGGCUACGCCAGCAACGGAUACAGCCAAAGCUCGUACGGCAACACGACGAUGGCUAGUACCGGGUAUCCCAGUACUGGCACGGAGUACGAUACCACACACUAUGAUUAUAGCAAUACGGCCACAUACGAUACACGCUAUCAGUCUGGCUACACGCAGGAUUACAGCCAAACGUACGGCACCACCGCGGACUAUAGUGCUGUUUCGACAGACACAUACGCCAGCCAGCAGUACGACGAUCGCUCCACUGCCUACAGCGGCUACGGUAAGUACGACAUAACUCAUGCUCCCUUCGUAGAUGCAUCAAUCUUUUCCUCCUUUCCUUGCAUUUAAAUACUCUGCAUUUUCCUUGAACCAUGGUGGUAACGUUACCAUGGUGACCGAAGCCUGUAGACACUUACUGCGAGCGUGCCAACGCUCUAACUGUGCAAUAGUGUCUACCUAAUCGGGAAAGUAGAAUGAUCUUUAAAGAUUGUUAAACUAAGAACAGUGAGAAUUCGAUACCACUUAGCGAUUAGUGGUUUAUAUUAUUAUUUCAUAAAACAAGAGUACAUUGUACGAUACAAAAAAACAAAUAGAAGAGCCGGCUCUAUAAACCAUCGUAUCGUAAGUUUUACGACACACUGAAAACAGUGAAAGUAAAUUAAAGGUCCGUAUAACAAAAUGAUGUCGAUCGAGCUCGAUCAAGUAACAAAGUACAAAUGCUAGCGAUAAAGUAAAGACAAUCAUUCUAUAUUAUUUCUUGCAACAAACCAAUGCAAUGAUACCAAAGCUAUGAGAAUCGUGCAAUUGUGAUAUAAAGUAGACGUUACGUGACGAUUAUCAGCACGAAAUAGUGAAUUAAAUACCACAUUCGCACUAUCGAUGCGGAAGGGUAGGAAUGCAAUGAGAAUUAAGUUCGUUUUUUUUGCAAAAAUAAUCUAUUACCAACCGAAUUAUCAUUCGUAGCAGCUUAGGCUUGGGAAUAAUUUACAUUUUAAUGUUAUUAUUUCAUCAUUAAUUUCAUUCUUAAAGAAUUCGCGGGGAAAAAACGGUCGUAGUUGAGCUUGAAGAAAAAGAAAAUAUGUUUGAAAAAAAAAACAGGCAAUACGUAUGGAGUAUUUUGUUGUUGUUAAAAACAAGUACGACUUAAGACGAGAGACUAUGACGAAAUGAACUGAGCAUACAUAUGCCAAUAAUGCAAAACAGUACGAAAAAUAACGCGAUAAGCUAUUCAAAAACACGAUGUGAAGGACGCAACUGAAGGAAAUGAAACAUAUUCAACUCUAUCACACAUUAAUCGAAGAACAUAUUUUGUACAUUUGAUGAAAUAAAACGCUAUAUUAAUAGUCUUUUCAUGCGUUAUGUAUGACUAGUGAGCGGUUGAUCAAAAUAUAUAUAAAAAGAGCGUGCAUUAUGCAGUGUUAUGUAUUAACCGCCAUUAACCGCCACGAAGAGAGACAAACUUUAAAACAUAUCAAGCAAAUUCUGCCAAAUGAAAAUACGCGAAGAAUCAAGAAUCAAAAUACGUACGAAAAAUGAUAGUUAAAUCAACAGCAAAAGAAAACUCAACUGCGAUCGUGGGGAUGAAGAGGUUUUACGUUUCUUUUAAGUUUUAUUAGCCACGUACAGGGCCGAGAUGAUAUAAGAUGGAGGUGGUCUUAAUAUUUGCGAGAUUAUUUAUCAUUUUGAAACAUGAAUUACGCUAUAAUUGAAUGCUUCCGGUAAAGAACGGAAAACAAUCACACAAACCAAAGUAGAAACAUGGAUUGAUCAUUAUUUAACCUUCGCCAAACAAAAAGAUAUAUAUUUUCUUUACUAUCCAAUGAUACAUGCAAACAGCUAAUGAAAAAUGAUUCAAUUUUCUUCCCCUACCAUUCUCUGCCUCAAUUUCCUUUCCUUUACAAAACCUCCCUGGCCUCUUCUUCAACCUAUUCGAACCCAACCGACCAUCAUUAUCAAUAUUUCAUUCUUCCAACUAGACGCGCAAGCGUAUUCGCAGGGCUACGCCAAAACUGAUCAAUACGCACACAGCGGUUACUAUUAAACAGCUUAAUUAACCGGCUAAUCAAAAGCAAAAACGAUACCGCGAGCGCAUGCCCAAAAAAGGCAAAGGGAUGAUGGUAUAAGGAAUAAGAAGGGUGUGCGAGUGUGUGCGCGACAGAGUACGGAGAAGAGUACACAUCAAACUGCAGCUGCCGCUACUCUUAACGCGAACAAUAACGGCGCAAAACAGCUUUCAAAGAUAAAACUCACACAUACACACUCUAAAGGCCAUGCUGUGCAGUGGGGAAACAAAAACUAAAUAGUCAACUGAAGUGUGCGCGCGCGCCUGGGGUGUGCAGGAUCAAUACACGUCUUCAAGAGAAUGAAUCCUUUCUCGGCAAUCACGCGUCAAAGAAGAUAGGAUGAUAAGCAAACAGUACAGAGUUCUAUGCAAAACGCAUCUCCCGAUUGUGUGGUGUGUAGCCUGGUGUAAAGUGGGGAGGUCUCCCCCCCCUGUGCACUAUUACUCAACAUGAUAACGAACUCAUCUAUUCAGAAGACCAAAAAUUAAUAGAGAAAAACGAAAGGAACAAUGGUUUUUGCCACAUCGCGCUACGCUCCCAUACGAAGGGCGUAGAGUUACACCUACCGACCGACAGCGAUCGAUCAUUUACAAGAUGUGUACAGAACUACCUAAACGGAAUCGGCUAAUGCCGUGGAAAAAAAAGCCAGCAUCAGCAUAAAUAGUAAGCAAAAGCGGUGGUAGGCGCAUUAUUCUGCCAGCUGGCAUGGGAUGCUCGUUUUAGCAUAUUAGUAGUUUAAAAACAAGAAUCAUAACAGCCGAGUAGUAGCAGUCUCUUAUCAGUUUCAAGCAGAUAGUGUGAGCAAUUAGUACGUAAGCACAGUUCGUGAACUAUUGCGCAGAAUUAUUAAUGACAUAGUGGGAACAGACAGAAAGAGAUACACAGAAAGAAAGCCAGGUAUCUAUCACGUUUGAUGAACAGAAGUUUUGUUUUAAGUUUAAAUGUAUUCCACAUACACACAGGGCGACGACAAGCUCGAUAGGUUUAAAUAAUCUAGCAAAGGAGUGCCCGACAAGUGGACAGCAGGAGUUCGAUAUGCGUCUUCAUGCAAAAGCGACUAAAAUUAGGAAGUUAGCUCAGAGCAUGCGCAGAACAUUGGAAAACUGCAAGACACAAACGCAAAAACAGGAUUGAAUUUGUAAUAAUUUGAUUGGUUUUAAAUCCCUUUUAUUUGUUACAAAAGAUCAUCAUGCAAGAGUUUCUCUUUAAGGUAUCCUUUUUUGUUUUGUAAAAGUAUGACUAAGCACACAGACUCUUAGAACCCAAUAGACGAUACUAAUAAACCCAAUAAAUAGUGUGAUUUUGUUUUAAAGCGAAUUUUCUCAAAACAGUUAGUAACUUAGCUUUUUAUAUACUCAACUGACUUGUAAAUGCUUUGAGUUUUUUUUUUCUGACGCCUUCGAGAGACAAUUAUGUAUUUCCCUUUAUCUUUCGUUAUCUUCCACUGAAAUAUAUUGUGUUAUAGUCAUAAAAAUGCAGGGCUCAGCAGGACGCAGCAAGGCAUUCAAACAUAUUUUUUGGCUACCACUUAGAACGUAAGCUUAAGGAAUAAUAAUAAUAAUAACAAUAUAGACUAGAAAUUACAGUGAGUAGGGAUGAGGUGCGUGUUAAGCAAGAUUUUUGGCAGGCAACUUACAGCCAAUUUGUGUCCGAGUAUGCGUGCGAAGGGCAAAUUACACAUCGGAAAGGGUUUAAGCAUUUUUGAAAGCAAAGUAUUGGCAGUGGUAGUAGGUAGGUAAGGUGAGUCAGUUAUGGAACUACGUUUUCUAUACAUAAUUUGACUUUCACUUGAAAUGUAGUCGCCCCCUUUCCGCUCAGUCAUUUAACGCAAAACGUGAAAGAUGUCCAAGCAAGUCAAGCAAGUAAAGGGAUCAGUUUGUGCAGAGUGUACUAUCUUACGGUGGAGCAGCAGAAACGAAAAUAAAAUGGAAACAUUAAACCAACUACACACAACCAACCGAUAAAGCUAACCAUAAAUAAAUUUGGUAACACAAACCGUACAGUAUGCUUUAGAGGGCGCGUUUCAUUAUUUUACCUACUACACAAACCUUUCGUAGACUCCGGUAUCUCUCAAACGAAAUAUUUUAUUAUUCUCAUCAUUUUCGUGUGUAACGUCCUAUUUUGAUGGCAAAGGCAGAGGAAGAAAAGCACGUUUUUAUGCCCUAAGUCGUACAAAAAUCUACAAUACCAAUUGCUCAAAGCACUGAAAGAAGAGGAAGGGACAGGGAGAGGGUACACAUGGUUAUGUGUUGUGGAACAUAUACAUAUCAACGAGUACGUACAGGUAUAUAAGAGAGUUUACCUGUAAGGAAAUGAACACUUACCUGUGUACCGGAUGGGGGUAACAAACAGCUUUAAUCUCUACAUUUCGGUCGGUACCAAAAGCAAGCAACGGCUAUGCAAAGUUAUGUUUCGAAAUGAUUUCAUUGCAUCCUCUUAUCUAUAGAACCUUCACCGAAAAGUCAUUCCCUUGAAAGACAAAAGCUACCUGGCUGUUGUAAAAAUCCAUCUACCGGGUACCUGCAAACGCCCUAAAUCUACAAAAAGGUGUUCUCUCUACCUAUUAUGCUGUAUAAUGUCUAUAGACAAGCAACAGGCAAACCUUAAAUAUGAAUUAUUUUCAAUAUUCGUUCGUAUUGCUAAUCUUAUAACAGUAAUUUUUGAGUAAAAAUCGUACCAAUAAAUUCCAACGUUCAAAGCUUUACGAUAUUGAAUUAAUUCAGUAAAUAUAGUGUAACAACGAUAAUGGUUAAAACAUGUCUUCCCUUUCCAAAAUGUUACAACAGAUCUAAAAUCAGCUCAGCGUAUUUGCUGCGUGCUACGCCUUCGUAAUUAUUAAAAUUGAACCAAAUUAUUAAUGUUUUUUUUCUAACAAAUCCAAGCAUAAGAAAGGAGAUGAACGCGAUGUAAUGCAACGCGCUAAUAGAUUAUGUGUAUGCAUCGUAAUCAUUUGCCGUAGUAGAACCAAUCGGUUUCUUUCAUUGUUGAAUGUUGGGAUUUAUUUUGUUUAAACCGUCAUAAUAUAACGAUGAAAAUAGAAGACUUGAAACGCCACAAAGGUUGAAACUAAAUUAUGAAUUUGAGUAAUUUCACUAAAGUUGAGCAGUGCUUAUCUGCUGGCAUGGAACUAGAAUGGGAUGUGAAACCUAUUAUUCCUGAUUUUCCUAAAAAAAAAUAAUUCAAAUCUGUCCUAAACAUGUGCCUUUCCAUGGGUUUAAGCCAUAGAUGAUAACGGGGAUUAGAAUGGGAAUGUAAUCGAUUGAUAUCCGAUUGACAAACAAACAAAAACAAGAUGACGAACCAAAUCAGAAUCUAAACACAACUGAAAACAAUCUGGAGAAAAUAGUUACGAAAUGAGAAACGUCUGCACGCAUUGUGUCAACUGCCAGAGAAAACAAGGUAAUUAUUGGUAUUUAAUAUGUUUGCUAUUCAAUGCUUCUUAAUUUAAAAAUCACAACCACUUACGAUAUGCCGUCCUGUAGUACAUAUUCAUAGUUUGAUUAUACACAUACGUAAAUAGGAAGAACCUCCUCACCACUGCUGAUCAAUCGGCAACAGCUGAACGGUACACUGAUAAUAAUACCCAAUGCACAGUUUGAAUAUAUUUUUUUAAAUAUAUGAUUUUUGCGGACCCAUAUAUGAAGGUGAUGGCCCCAAUACGGUGCAAUUCGACGUUGGUAAUUUAAAAUUUCGAAAAAACAAACAUUUUAGUUCGUUAAAGAGACUAUUAAUGAGCAACGAUAUUAUGAUAUAUAAACGAGUACAUUACAUAUAGCGAUUAUACAUGGUCGAAUGUGUCUGACUGCCGCAAGGAAAACUGUGUAAAUUUAAAAGAAAUCGCACUAAGUCAAAUACCACAAUGUGUGCAUUUAAAAGAUUAUUUAUUUUGACUAAACAGUCCCCUAUAUAUACUAUAUUAUCUGACUGAAAAAAAAACGCAAUCCUGAUUGCUGCACUGCUGGGGGAACGCGCAUGCGUAGUAAAAAAAAAUCAAGAAAAUAUGCUGUACAACAAACAAGCCAUAAAUUUUGUCUAAUUUAUGUUGAAAUUACCAAAGACUGUGAUAAUGCAUCUCUCGCGCAUUUGAAAGGAUGCUUUAUUAUACAAAAAGCGAAGUAGAAUUAUAGAUUCUAUUUAAAGAAUUAACCACUAACACGAUAAUAAUAAGACACACUUUUUAUAUAUCGAUACGUAAACGAUGAUACGUACACUGUUGCACUCGUUUGGAAUAUUUAAAAUUAUUUGCGAUCUUGCGAAUAGCUUUUUAAAGUUCAUACCUAGAAAGGGUUUACCGGCAAUAAUAUAAGGGGAAACGUAGCUAGCAUCCCCGAAGUGGCCAUCUACUGGAGAAAUCAAUUCCCCAUGGACUGCUACCGUUAAUUGCCGCAUAUGCUGUUUGGGUAAGUUUUGCAAUCUAAAUAUUCUUAUUUUACAUUAACAUACACAAAUGAUGGUUAAUAAAGAUAUACAAGCUAAUGACAAAAAACAAUUUUUCGCUAAUGUGUUGAUUUUUCAUUUAUUCGAACUAUUCUGUGGUGUAACGUAACCGUCGUUUUGAAAUGGCCAUGUCCGCCAGUUUCCGUUAUGUCCCAAAAUAUCCCUUUGGUUUAGUCAAAAUAUGCUGCGAGCGAAAGCGUUAAAUUACCUUUCGUACAUUAGGUAUUUUACAUUGGAAAUGGAAUUUAACAAAUGUAUCAUUUUAAUUGCAUCGUGCAGUUUUUGUAUUAGAUUGUAACGUACAGCAAGAGAGAUUCAGAUCUCCUAUUUUAAGCUUUUUAAAAAUCAUUUACCAAACGAAACCAGUUGCAAAUUACCCCAAACGCACAAAUUUAAAUUUGUACCCUUGUCAGUUUUGGGCCACAUUGGCUCGAACUGUCACGAUGCUCAAAAUUCUCACAACCACCCUGUUCGAGGCCAUCUGCCAAAUGGGCUGAAUGCGUGUGUGUGCGUAAGCUUGCUGAUGAGAAAAAUCGACCAACGGCUAUCGUGCAUGUGUGUGCGUGAUCUUUUACGCCUGUUUUAAGCGUUCUAUUCGUGCGAAAUUGAUGAUAAAUCAAGUGAACUUUAUAUUAUUCGAGAUUUUCAAGCUCAUUUCUACUGUAUUCACAUAUUUGGCGAACAAUUGUGACGUUACGAGAUGCAAAAAAUAGUCGGCGUCAGUGUUGGACCGCUAAUAAUACGCAGUGUUGUGGUGUGUGUGUGCGGUGUGCAUUGCACGAACACAGUGACCGUGUUGGACGUUGUCAAUAUAAAAAAGAGCAUACGAUGGUGAAAAGUCGGCCAUUUCUAACUGGUGUGUGAAGCAGAGCAGUUGGUGCGUGCGUGAGUUUCUGCGAGCAUUGCCGCGCGGGCGCCGGGUGUGUCUCCCGGUAGCACCCCCGGUUGUUGCUGGAAGGGCGUUGCUACUGCAGUGGCGGCAGCUGAGCUUAGUGUGGCUGGCGUGUGGCAAACCGGCAUCGCAGUUCAGUUAACCCUCGGAUGCGGUCCACGGCACGGCUGUUGCAACAAAAUGGCUGCCGUCUGGUGAUAAACGUGCGCGGCAAAGCGUUGGCGUUAUUUCCGUGGAUGGCGUCAUGUCGGCCUGCCGCAAGGUUAGAAAAUCAGUGCGUAUGUCCGAACCGGUUUAACCAGCAUGGAACUAGCGGCUGUCAGUCUUCGAUUAGAAAAUGAUCGCCGUUCUAAUUGGCGUGUUCAGCAUGGACCACCUUAAGGAAACGACCCAUCGCGUCGCCUAAUUCCCCAUCAACGUGCGUCGCAACCGCGUGGCUUGUCUCUGCUCGUGCUGAAGCGGCUCAUGUUCCCGGUAUUAGAAGCUGGCGGCGGAGACACGCCGGUACGCGGUGUGAAGAUCAUGGUUAACGACUUCACCAACACCACAGCACUUCAUAUUCAUACAUGCGCAUCAGUGUGUGUGUGGGUAUAAAUCAUCGCGAUUUCCACAUUGGAGUGGAUCGCAAUCGGGAGAGCGAAAGAGAUGCAGUAAUAGACCGACUAUUCGGCUUUUCAGCACUAAGUCUCAGCAGCUCUUCUUUCUUCAGGCCGAUGGCAUGGAAAGCCAUCCUGGCUGAAAAGAUCUUUUAAACAACCACUAAAA